AUGCGAUACCAACGCCUACGCCAGAGUCGUCGCCGCGCCAUGACCUCUCUCUACGGCCGGCUCUGGCGACCCAGACCAGGUGUAAUUCUCGCCACGGCCCUAGCCUCGCUAGUCUUGAGGGACGGCGCUUCUCACGAGGUUAGGAUGCUGCUGGAUACCGGUUCUGAGCUGUCGUUUGCUACAAGGGAGCUGGUCAAGAAGCUCAGCUUGCCGAUUUCUCCAGCUGUGCUGCCGGUCGUUGGUAUCAGUGGUUCGACCUCGGCCUCUAAUGGGUUCUCUCAAUUCUCUCUCAAGUCUCUGCACUCCAGCAAGCAGAUUCUUGUCAAGGCCUACGUUCUCGAUAGCCUCACGUCGUCGUUGCCGUCGUUCUCUGCCUCUCAACCUCAGCAGUGGAAGCAUCUCCGAGGGUUGCAGCUAGCGGAUCCACACUAUCUGACGUCAAGACCUGUCGAUCUUCUCAUUGGCGCAGAUUUCUUUGGAUCGAUAGUGGAGCCGCAGAUUAUCAAGGGGCCAUCCGACUCUCCUAUUGCGAUGCUGAGUCUCUUCGGGUGGGUAGUGCUAGGGCCCACCUCUGCAGUGACGUCGGCGGCGAGCUCGCAUCACGUCUCUGUCAGCAACGAGGAACUUAGCGAGCUUCUCACCUCGUUCUGGCAGCAGGAGGAGGUAUCUGCGGCGGAAGGCAAAGACGUCGCUCUCACGAGGGAGGAGGCAGAGUGUGAGGAGUUCUUCCAGCGCACCCAUACCCGGGAUCGGUCGGGGCGCUAUAUUGUGCGUCUGCCUCUCGUUCGCUCUCCCGCGGAGCUCGGGGAUUCUCUAGGCCGCGCGAAGGCGUGCCUCGCGAGCCUGCUUAGGAGGCUGGAAAAGAAUCAGGGAUCUCUGCAGCUAUAUAGUGACUUUCUCAAGGAGUACGAAGAGUUGGGGCACAUGGUGCGUGUUCCAGCUAUGCCUGGCUCAACCGACUCUCGGAUCUUGGACCGUCAACCUGGCGAGAUGACCUUGGCACAUGGGGCUUCGGCCUCAGGAGGGUUGAGGGUCUCCGAGGGCGGGUGGUCAUAUCAGGAUUCCGGGCAGAGUUCGUCUACGAGGCAAUCUCGCUCUUCUGCUCCUGCGUUCUACUUCCCUCAUCAUUGUGUUCUCCGGGAAGGUAGUGAAACUACGAAGCUGAGGGUAGUCUUCAAUGGUUCCAGUAAGAGUAGCUCCGGAGUGUCUCUCAACGACAUCCAGCAUACUGGGGCCAAGCUGCAACGAAACAUCUCUGAUGUACUGCUCUGGUCUCGACAGAGCAGGUACAUCUUUAUGACGGACAUCACGAAGAUGUUCCGUCAGAUCAAGGUGCAUCGGGAGGACUGGCCUCUCCAACAGAUUUUGUGGCGUGAUUCUCGGGGCCAAAUCUGCACCUAUCAGCUCACCACCGUCACCUACGGGACCAAGUCUGCUCCAUUUCUCGCCUGUAGGGUUCUCGACCAGCUGGUCAAGGACGAAGGGCAUCGGUUCCCUCUAGCCGUUCCCCCCUUGAGCAGCGGAAGAUAUGUGGACGACAUCUGUGGUGGAGCUGACGAGGAGGACGAUCUCCACUUCGUAGCUCAGCAAGUGGCGGAGCUCUGCUGGGCUGGCGGAUUCCCUCUAGCGAAGUGGCACUCGAACAGUCCGUCUCUACUUCGUGCUCUGACACCGGGAGGCUUCUCUCAGAGUCCGAAGCCGCUAGAGGACUCUACCACAAAAAUUCUCGGCUUGAAGUGGGAUCCAAGCGACGACCGGUUGAGGUUCUCCAUCCAGCUCUCAGUUGGCGUGAAGCCAUCGAAGAGGAUUGUGCUGUCGGAGAUUGCGCAGCUCUUCGACCCUCUAGGGCUGCUCUCACCGGUGGUGAUACGGGCCAAGGCACUUCUGCAGCAACUGUGGCUGGAGAAAUUGGACUGGGACGAGGAGUUGCCGGUGCAUCUGGUCCAGAAGUGGGUUCGGUUCCGAGAAGAGCUGGCCCAGGUGGAUCAACUCUCGAUCCCGCGGUGGAUGGGAUAUAGGAAGGAUUCUCGGGUGGAAAUCCAUGGCUUCUCGGACGCGUCUCUACUAGCGAUGUCGGCGGUGGUCUAUUUGAAGGUGACGAGUGAGGAUGGUGUCAGCAUCUCCUUAGCUGUCGCUAAGACGAAGGUAGCUCCUCUCAAGAAGCUCACCAUCCCGCGUCUGGAACUCAACGCCGCGGUUAUCCUAGCGAAGCUCACAAGGUAUGUGAUUGAGCAGCUCAACCUUGUUGCUGUUCCGGUCCAUUUAUGGACGGACUCCGCUGUCGCUCUGGCGUGGAUUUGCGCUCAUCCUUCCAGGUGGAAGGAAUAUGUCCACAACAGAGUAACCGUCGUUCAGGAGCUUGUGCCAGAAGCCAAUUGGAGGUACGUCAGUGGGAAGGAGAACCCGGCUGAUUGUGCAUCUCGGGGCAUCUCGGUGGCCCAGCUUAAUGGCCAUCAUCUGUGGUGGACGGGGCCGAAAUGGCUACGCAAGGAAGCGUCCCAGUGGCCACGUGGGAGAGCAACGUUGGACCCGUCUACUGAUCUCGAGGAGAAGCCGGGGUUGACGUUAACCGCUUCCCUCGGAAGAUCAAGUCUCUGGGAUCUCUGUUCGCGGUAUUCCUCUCUCUACAAAUUGCUGAGGAUCACAGCAAUUUGCCAGACGGUUGUGCGGAAUCUGCUGCGGAAGCUGGAAAGGAGGAGGGGCAUCAUCGUUCCAGCUUUGUUCAGCCCUGGAAGCAUGGAGGCAGCUCGGCUUUAUUGGGUCAAGGCGACUCAAGCCCAUCAUCUCCAAGCCGAGUGUGACAUCAUCUCUCACGGAUUGCAGUUGAAGAAGUCUCAUCCGUUGACCAAGCUCACGGCCUUCAUUGAUCAACAAGGAGUUCUCAGGGUCGGCGGGCGGUUGAAGUUCUCUACUCUAGGGCCAGAGAGUAGGCAUCAGGCCAUCAUCCCUCAAGGCUCAGUGCUCGCGGAGCUCAUCAUCAGGGACUCUCAUCAGCGGACGCUGCACGGUGGGACUCAACUCACCUUGACACAUCUCCGGAGGUCUUACUGGAUUAUUGGAGGUCGUCUACCAGUAAGAUCCUUCAUCCUCAAGUGCGUGGAGUGCGCACGUCAUCGGGGAAUUCGCGCUCAGCAGCUGAUGGGACAGCUUCCAGUAGCACGUCUGGCGUCGGAUCGUGCGUUCUCUAACACUGGUGUGGACUAUGCCGGACCAGUGUCAAUUAAGACUUGGAAGGGGCGUGGUCACAAGACCCAGAAGGGUUGGUUGGUGGUCUUCGUGUGCAUGGCCACGUCCGCUCUCCAUCUGGAAGCUGUCACGGACUACUCCGCGGAGGGGUUCAUCGCCGCCUACAGGAGGUUCGUGAGUCGGCGGGGAUACUGCAGGCACCUGUAUAGUGACUGUGGGACCAACUUCAUCGGGGCGGAUAAGGAGCUGAAGAAGUUGUUCUCCGCUGGAGCUAAGGAGUUCCAGCAUCUCUCUGCAGUGGUUCUCAAGGAUGGGACGGGAUGGAAGUUCAAUCCCCCUGGAGCCCCUCAUUUCGGGGGAAAAUGGGAAGCAGCGGUCAAGUCGGUGAAGUACCACCUCGCUCGAACGGUUCGGGACACGACUCUCACGUUCGAGGAGCUCUCUACGCUGCUGUCCCAAAUUGAAGCGGUCCUCAACUCCAGGCCUCUACAAGCGCUCUCGGAGGAUCCUGAUGAUGUGUCCUGUCUCACCCCGGGACAUUUCCUCAUUGGAGAAGCUCCGAUAGCUCUUCCGGAGCCCUCACUGGAACACCUCAACGUUGGACGACUCUCGAGAUGGCAACUGAUCCAGCAGAGGCUGCAGUUCUUCUGGAAGCAGUGGUCUGCAGGGUAUCUGCAGCAGCUCCAGUCCAUCUCCAAGUGGCAUCACCCGUCCAACGAGAUCAACGUCGGCAGCCUGGUUCUUCUCUACGACGAGCGGUUCCCGCCAGCGAAGUGGCCUCUUGCUCGGGUCACGGCUCUACAUCCUGGAAGGGACGGUCUCUCCAGAGUUGUGACCAUCAGGACCGCCUCGACGACGUUGACCAGGCCGAUCUCCAAGCUGGUCUCUACAAACGAUCUCUACUCCUUCUGUGUCAGCAACGGGGUUCCUGACGGGGGGGAGAAUGUUGAGGCGACAGCCUCAUAUGGGCUGAGGGUGGCAGCACCUCCUGGACGAGGUCUGCCUGACCGGCCGCGCUGGCAUCCAGGAUACCGCGAGUGGUAUGUCCAGGGUAGAUCGGGAGUAGUGUGUCCGAGGAAGGUAGAGGAACGACUGUGUGGAAAUCGGGAAGAGUGUGGGCUUAUAAAGGAAAAGUGGUUUGGGGUGUUCCCCAAACUGAUGAUGGUCGAGAGGGUAAUUAGCCUCCGAGGGUCAGGUCCGGGGCUAGACUCGGUUGGGGAAUUUCCCAUCGAGUUGAUGGGGUGUCCUGGCGACACUGUCACCACAGUACCCCCCUGCCAGUGA